UCUCUCUAGUCUGUCAAGAUCGUUUUGAAUUCUGCUCCUGUCUUCUGGAGUGUUAGCUAUCCCUCCCAGUUUGGUGUUGUCUGCAAACUUGAUGAUCGUGCCUUCUAACCCUUCGUCUAAGUCGUUAAUAAAGAUGUUGAACAGAACCGGGCCCAGGACGGAGCCCUGCGGCACUCCACUUGUCACUUCUUUCCAUGAUGAAGACGACGCAUUGGAGGAAAUGGGAUCUCCAGAAGCAGCAAAGAAGAGAAUCCUCCCAAUGUGGAUGACAAAGCGGGCAACUGAGUCAGCACAAGACCCAGAAAUCAGACCCAAGAGGAGGAAGAAAUCCGCUCCAGUGGGAGUUGAGACAGUUUAUUGUAUGAAUGAGGCAGAACUGGUGGACAUGGCUCUUUGUAUUUUGGCUGAGAACUCCAAGGGUAAGGAAACCAACAUAUCUUCAUCAGAAGAUGAGGACCCAGAGCCUCAACAAGCCAUGGCAGAUCAUCAUGGGACUCCAACGAGUGACAGUGAAGGAGACUCAAGCCCUUCUGUAGGAUCCAAGCUUCCCAGGGGAUUGGAUGCUUUAAGCUGCAGAAAGGCAACCAAAUCACAGGAGAAAGAUGACAAUGAUGAUGCUUUGAAAUAUGUCCGGGAGAUUUUUUUUACAUAAUUUUACAUCUUAAACAGACAAAAGAGAUACUGUAAGAAAUGGGCCACUUGGGUAUGAAGGAGUGGCUUCUGCAGAUAUAUGUGUACACUCCCCUUAAAAGAACUCUUGAUAUAAAGGAAUAAUGGGUGAUCAAGUCCUCAUUAAUCAAGCCCUCAAUCAAGUCCUGCUUCUCUUUGCAGAAAAGUAAAGUGUACCUGUGUGUGCUGUGUGUACGUACACACACACACACACACACACACACACACACACACACACAGUGGAACUUCAACUUAAGAGAAUCCCAACUUAAGCGUAUUUUGACUUAAGAGCUGUGACUCGGCCCAAGUUUCACCUUGACAUACAAGCAGCAUUUUGAGUUAGAAGCAAGUGCCAAAGGGAGUGCUAGCGCGAGAGUAGAGGACUUCAGGGCUUCAAGGUAGCAGCCUCUACACCUCAUGCCUCAUGUUCUUGUCCACUUAGGGAGAUUGCUGUCCACUUUACUCAUGGGGCCCUGGCUAGCACAGCAGAUUAGGCUGCCAGCUACAGAUCUUGCCUACUGGAAAGUUGGCAGUUCAGUUCGGGUGAGCUCCCACCAUCAGCCCUAGCUUCUGCUUACCUAGCAGUUCGAAAACAGCAAUGCGAGUUGAUAAAUAGGUACUGCUUUGGUGGGGAGGCAAAAGGCGCCCCUGAAGACAUGCUGGCAAUUCGAUCAGGAAGGUGUUCGUAGGCAACAGGCUUCUCAGCACAGAAAAACGGAACAACACCUCCCCAUGGCUGAGUCAAGCACAGCCUUCAGAUGCUGGAGAUGGGAAAAAAGAGGGAAGCCUUGACUGUUUAAGUACUGUCUUUUGUUGCAAAUUGUAUAACAGCAUUGAAUGUUUGCCAUAUAUGUACCCUGUAUUCCUCUCUGUAUCCUUUCAGGGAGAUAGAGCUGAAUAUAAAUAAAGAUUAUUAUUUUCAUCA